UGGCAAGUUGUUGAUUUUUUAUGCCUAAUUGGUGGAUGUGAAAAUUUUAAUAAUAUACAUAAGACAAUGGAGAUAUCAACGGUAAUGUCAAAUAAUACACAUGUGACAGUUAGUUUAAAUUGUCACGCUGUUUGACCGCGGCCUAAAACCCGCGAAGACGGUCAUAAAACAGAAUAAAGGACAGGAUCCCACGAGCAUGUGGCGCUCCUUCAUCUGAUGGUUCUCCUUCAACAUCAUAUGCUCAAGAAAAAAUAAAACAAGUAUUAUAUGAAGAGUUGAAUGUCAUUUCAUAUUAAUACGUGAUAUAAUUUAAAUAUAAUUAUGUCGUAAAAAAAUACCAUAGAGACAUUCAGUGAAUUUAUUGUUAAAUGAAUUUUCAUCUAUUUAUUGGCUCCGUGAAUGUCAAUAAACGUUCGGAGAAACGAAAAUAAAAAAAAGGAAAAAUAGUGAUCAAUUUUCUAAGGAAUCCUACAAUCUGUUACUUCUCAUCUUUCACAAGAGAAAUACAAAGUCUACGUGAAGAUUAUAUUAUUCGACAAUUCUAAUUGUCCUCGUUUCAAAGUGAUUGUCAAAAAUCCAAAACGUCAACAUGAGGAUCAAAAUGCCUGCAGUUCGUAUCGCUCAAGCGGAGCCAUCGCAAGGAACAAUAGCUCCAGACACUGUCCAGUGUGGUGGCUGUCGUGCAUCUUACCCUCUCGGCGAAAUAGUUCGCUUUAUCGAGCAUAAAGUCAACCACUGUCGGAGUAGUCUACAAGGGUGUCAUAGUCCUCCUCCGAUAACAGCUCACGAGGAUUCAGACCCUGAAGAUGCUCUCACGCUCAAGUCUACCGAUCAAGAAAAACUCAAUUCAGUUCCAAGCAUAUCUGCGCCGAUAAACAAACGAGUUGGAAGGGUGGAAAGUCCACCCACGCCGCAAGGAAGUGCACCAGAUACUGGAAGUCCGAUUGAACUCAGAGCGAGUGCCAGUUCAACUCCUAAGAGACGUACUGAAGGUACUGAGGAAGACAAAGAAGAACCUAAGAAACCUAAGACCGAAUCGGUCGAUGCUGAUACCAACACUGUCAAUUCCGAGCCAAGAUGUCUUCAGUGUUCUCAAUGCUCACGGCGUUUGAAUUCAGCUUGGGAAUUGAUUCAACAUGCACAAAGUGUACAUGGAGCACGACUUUAUGGAGCAUCAAGUUCAUCAGCAAAUUCAUCAUCAAAUACACCAGCUCCAAGUCCACCAACGCCAACACCUAGUCACUCUCAUCACUUGAGUCCACCGAACCAUUUAAAUCUAAGUGGAAAAUCAUCAAGCUCAUCAGCAGCCAAUUCUUCUGGUGGGACCAGUUCUAGUGGUAGCAGUAGUCGUCAACUACAAUCAUCAGCAUCAUUGGUUGCAGAUCCACUCCAUAGCUUUUUAAGGCUUCCUCAACACUUAGAAAGAAGUUUUCCUCCAAUGUUUAGGCCAGAAUUUUUAGCAUUAAACCCUUUAGCUGGUUAUCGGGGACUCCAAGACCUUCAAACAGCUACAAGAAAUCUUCAAAACCUCGGAGAUCCGUUGCGAGCAAUGGAUGGUCUAAAUCUAGGUGACUCGUUGGUUAGAAGUUCACUCGACACAUUAAACAAUGCAAGAAACCUUGCCAAUCUGACUGAAUUAUCACAUGGUCGAUUAACUGGUCAAGGACAUGCACCUCAACUUGAAGCGAACCUGGAUUUUUAUUCGGCGCGUCUAAGGAGCCUCGCUAACCCGUCCUUAGGCGCGGCUCCAACAAAUCCCCCCUCCAAUCCAACGCCAAUUGUCUCUGGUAUACAACAACAACAAACUCAACAGCAUUCAGUCGAUGUUGUCACAAGUCCAGCAUCAACGAAUCCAACAAAUCUUACUGCUCACAGUCUAACCCAGAAGGAAAACUCUCCACCUUGCUACAACCAGAGUCCAGUUGGUCACAACAAUAAUAAUUCAACGGACAGUGAAAAGGCUAGUCCACCAGUUGCGUCCACUCCAAUUAUCGCAGAUACUUCCGAGACUGUUUAUACUUGUGAAGUCUGCGAUAAAAAAUUUAGGUUCCAAUCUAACCUUAUUGUUCAUCGCAGGUGUCAUCAGGAUAAGGAAAGACAGUUUCAAGAGUCGACUCAGGAUGGUUCCGGCAUCGCCAGGUGUGAAGUCUGUGAAGUCGAGCUUGCGAAUUAUUCUGAGCUUCGGAAGCAUAUGAGGAAAGAACAUCAGGAGUCAAUGAAUCCAGCAAGUCCUCAAGGAAGUGUUGAAACAGUUCCUGAUGAUGGCUCUAGUUGUGAUGAGAACAUGGAUCUUGAUGAGGCAGAAGAAAAUGAACAGAAAGUUCGUGCAGAUGUUGAGGAAAAUACUCCGGAAGAUUUAAGUUGUACAACACAGGGGCAAAGCAGCGAAGAGAGUAGUGGAAGAGUAGAACAAAAACCUAGCUUAGUUGGUGACCUCAUGGAGAAGUUUGGCCUCAACAAUAUUGCACAGUAUUCAGAAGCUUACAGACAAGCGCUUCAGGAGAAUCAUCGAGGUGGUUUUCUGAAAACCGAAUCUCCCUCGAACCUUACUAACUCACUGAACAACAACAAAGAGAAAGACAGUGCCCUCUCACCAACAAACUUCAAUUCUUCAGCAACCGCAAAUAUUUUCUCUGGUCAGGGUUUUCCACGAGCUGGGCCGGAUUUUGGCGGACUAUGGCUGCCCAGUCCGCACUACCUCGAAAAUAGUGAAUUCCGCAAAGUUUCUAAAGCAGCAACAUCAAGUUUAUCUCUCCAAGGUCUACCAAGUCCUCUCUUAAAAAAGGAACGAAACGGUAGGAAUGACACAUGUGAAUUCUGUGGUAAAGUAUUCAAAAACUGCUCAAACUUAACAGUCCACAGGAGAUCACACACAGGCGAAAAGCCAUAUAAAUGUGAAUUAUGUUCCUACGCAUGUGCACAGAGUUCCAAGCUCACGAGGCAUAUGAAAACACAUGGAAGACAUGGAAAAGAUACUUACAAGUGUCGCUUUUGCGAAAUGCCAUUUUCUGUGCCCAGUACCUUAGAGAAGCACAUGAGAAAGUGUGUUGUUGUUGUUCAACAAGGACCUAAAUUAGGUCUCCCUUAUCCUGGCAGUCAAGAUGAAGAUUCUUCGCUUAGUACUAAGGACACUUGAUCCUGGAAUGGCAGCUUGCCGCCGCCUAUACCGCCACUGUGGCCGCAUCGGCCUCCCUAUACAGUUUACUGAAAAAAUUUUAAGGAUCUGUUAUCAGAGGACUUACUAAUCCUUUUCAGAUCCUUUGUCAGUAUGAUGCGAUAGUCGGGGUGAUACCUGAAGCGCUAUCCUUCAUCUGUGAAUAAUCAAUACCACAUUAGGGCGAUCAAUACGUCCAUAUGAGCUCCGAGGAUUGCAAUGAUACUUUCCUCAUUGAUUCUGGAGAAGCCAACGUGCAAAUAUGCCUCAGGCUCUUCUUUCCAGUAUCGGAUGAACAUAAAAAAAAGAACCAAGUCAAAUAAAAUAAUGAAAUGACUACUCAAACGAAUAAUCAACGAGAACUGAUGGUUACCACUGGUAAAGUUUUAGCCAGCUUUUAAAGAAUUAUAUUAAUUAAUAAUAUAAAUAAUUAUAAAUAUCUGAAAAACGAAGCGUAUACAUGUGAAUAUAAAUAUGAAUAUAAAUGAAAUAAAUAAAUCUAUAUAAAUAUAUAAAUACAGAUAUAAAUUAUAUAUACACAAAGACGUAAAAAAAACACGAAAUAGCAAACUUUAUUAUCGCAUUAAAGAUUAUUUAUUUAAUAAUAUAUAAAUAUAUAUUGUAUAACGGUAAUAUAUUGUAACGAAGUGUGAGCGAAUUAGUUAAUGAGAGGAAAACGUUUUUUUCUUGUAUAAUAAAUUCAAAACCGCAUCCUGUUUAAAAAAAAUAAUUCUGCGGAAUAUGUAAAAUGUAUUAUAUUAUUCUUAUUAAGACAACAAUAAUUAUCAUGAUACAUUAUUGAUAGUAUAUUUAACUUAUCAGCUUUUAUUACGUUGCUUCCAAAUGUCAGUGUGUCUUGAUAACAAUGGUCACGAGGCGCAACGCUACAUUUAUUUUAUUUUCAUAUAUAUUUGAUUAUUAAUUAAUUCUUUAAUUAGUUAUUAAUAUUAUUAUACGAUUCGAGAGAUAAAGAAAAUCGUUUUGUCUGAGAAGUUAGGAAGAUGCCAAAGUUGUCUAGGUUUAUUAUCCGAUCUUUAAAUGAUCGUCGAAGUGAUCACGAGGUUUAAAAAAAGUAAGAUCUUACUAUGUAUUUUUGAGCAAUAAUCAAUUAUAUCAAAAUUGAUAUCAGAAUAAUGACGAUUAAUUAAUUGUAAUUAAUAAUUUCCUCGAGUUCACUCCGUACUUGAAAAAAAAUGAACGUUA